AUGACUUAUUCAAGAUCAUCAGACUAUCACACACGAACAGAGAUUACAGCCUGUGACCCCAUCAACAAGAACCUACAGACGAGAACAGGAAAGAAUGUCCGAGCUGGGAAAGUGAUAAGAGUUGAUAAAAAUGGGUUUGAGAAUUUUGAUGAUUAUUUUGGUGGGAAUAUAUCGGGAUCUGAUUCGUCUAUAAAUAUCACGUUAGAUCAUACGUUACAUACUAAUAAAAAUUUACUACAAAACUCCAGUGAUGAUAGUAAAACUAAAGGCAAGAAACUCACCACUAAAAAGACACAGAAGUCUACAAAUAAAGGAGAUAGGAACGCUAUUUUCAAAUUGGCAUCAACUACCAGUAUGCCAACUCCAGAAGAAUCAGCAUGUACCUGUGUCUGUUUAUUAAAAGUAAGAGUAUUAGAAUGGUUCGAGAUAUAG